AUGGAAAUCCCCCCGACCCAUUUCCCAGCCUCCAGGGCAGCCUCGGUGGCGGAGAACUGCAUCAACUACCAGCAGGGGACCCCCCACAAGGUGUUUCUGGUGCAGACUAUCAAACAAGCCAGCAUGGAGGAUAUUCCGGGAGAAGGACACAAGUAUUGCCUUAAAUUUUCUGUGGAAGAAAUUAUCCAAAAACAAGUUACACUGAACUGUACAGCAGAGGUACUUGACCCUCUAAUGGGACAAGAUACUGCACCAGAAGUCAACUUCACAUUUGAAGGAGAAAUUGGAAAGAACCCAGAUAAAGAAGAUAACACAUUUUAUCAAAGACUCAAGUCCACGAAGGAACCACUUGAAGCACAAAAUAUUCCAGACAGUUUUGGAAAUGUAGCUCCAGAAAUGAAGCCAGUUCGACACUUAGCCUGGGUGGCUUGUGGUUAUAUAAUAUGGCAGAAUUCUACCGAAAACACAUGGUAUAAAAUGGUAAAAAUUCAAACUGUCAAGCAAGUGCAAAGAAAUGAUGAUUUCAUGGAGUUAGACUACACCGUUCUACUUCAUAACAUUGCAUUUCAGGAGAUUAUUCCUUGGCAAAUGCAAGUUCUCUGGCAUCCGCAGUAUGGUACUAAAGUCAAACAUAACAGCCGUCUGCCAAAGGAAGCACAACUAGAAUAA